AGUUAGUUGUCUCAGUCUUGAAUGCGAAUUUGGGUAGAGUGAACGUGUUUUAACGAGAUGAUAAUUAAACUGAAGUCCCAAUUACCCUUAACCCUCACAUUGUUGUUGUUGUGGCUGCAGUUCCCGUUCCCACAGUGUGAGGCACGUCAAUUGAACGAUGAUCGCAUUGUGUUUCCGGAUGAAUUCAAAACGAUAAUGAUGCCCACUCGCAAGACAAAUCCAGUUCUGACCACGAAUGAGACGAAACAGCAGGAAGCAGACAUACAAUGGAAAUCAAUUAUAUCCAAAAAUGAGACGAUUCAGGAUUCAGCUGAACAGACGACGAAAGUUGCACAGGAGCAUUCAACUGAACAGUCAGAGUCCCCAAUAGUAUCCGAAGCUAAAACAAUGAUACCAACCAAAGUGGAAUUCGGACCACGCAUUACGCUGGACACACUUCCCAUUUGUGGAGAUGGUCUUAAACUGUCGGGGUCUCAUUGUCGGAAGGAAGCAUAGAAAGAUUUCAAUAAAUAUCGUACGCAAAAAA